GCCUCAGAUCCACGAACCCUACCUGCUUUAUGCUAUUUCUACGCCUCCAGCCCGAAACUUCUCGCUGCUUUCGAAAUAUCUCCCACACGCCUCUUCUGCAAACUCCUCUGAUUUGCUUUUCCCACCGAAACAAACACAGCCUCUGCACGAACGGAUUCUCUCUGUUUUUUUUUUUUAAUUUGUUUCGCUUUUUUCAUAUUUUUCUGAUCUUCUGCUCGAGUCCUUUCAUUCUCGUCGCCGAUUAGGAUAUCCGAUUGAUUCGGUUGUAAAUCUGAUUGUUUUUGUUCGAUCCUCCUUUUUUUGAUUUCUUGGCCUUAAAGUGUUAAUUGAAGCAGAAAAUCUGAGAUUUAAUAUGAAGCGGGCAAGGAAAUCGAACAGGGUUUCGUGGGCUCCUGGAUUUAAUCUGUGUCAGGUGAAGUUGUUCUUAUCUGAGGAUUGCCCUUCGAAAGUUAGCCAGACAUCUCAAGACCUUCUUCAAGCAAAGACAUCAUCAAUUUUGCAUUCAAGCACUAAUGAAUCUUAUGAUUUACCUCCUGGCUUUGAAGGCAAUAAUUCUUUGAACCAUAUUAGGAAUGAACUCUCCCACUUUUAUCAGAUUAAAUGGAAAGCUCCUCCCCUGUUUGCUCUCAGUCAAAAUUGGCUAGUUGCAGCUGGUGAAGAAAGUAAGGAGAAAGUAGAUCAAAAGCUAAGAGAAAUGAAGGUGCUUGAAGCAGUAUAUCCUCGCCCUUCAGCUAUUCCUCCAAGUCCAUCUGUUUCUUUAGAUGUACAGGAGGAAGACUAUGAUGAUAACCUCACUCCUCUUAUCCCUAUCGUUCCCAUUGAGGAAGAAGAGCUUAUGGAUGUUAACCCUGAAUUGCCAGCAACAAUUGACACACCCGCCACUUCACAGGCACAAAGUUUGCACCAGUACAUAUCUACGACAGAUAGACCCAUAUGUUCACAGCCUAGUACCUCGUCCUCUCUAGCCUUAACUGGGACAUCUGGUUUGGAAGCAGAACUUGCUGCAGCUUCUGCUGUUGCUGCUGCCAUCAUGAACAGUAAUGAACAAGGCAGCUCAGUUGACAUGGAUCUACUUGUUAGAAUACUUAAUGAUCCAUUAUUGAUUGCGAAGUUGAAAAGUGUUCAUGAUGGAGCUGCAGUGACCACUGUGAAUACAUCGGCAAACAUAGUGGGUUUAUCUAGUUCUGGAUUCAAAUGCACUUCUCCAUCAGUUCCAUCACCUCCGCUUAGACCUGAUAAGCCAACUUCUGGGGUUAAUCCCUCAAGUACUGUGGGUUUAUUUCCUGAUUCUGGCUUGGUACCAGCUACUUCAUCGGUUCCAUUGAUGCAUGCACUAGAUAAGCCAGCGACCCAGUCACUUCCUUUUUCUGGGGCUAUACCAGGGAAACUAGCAACUCCUUCAGCUCCAUUGCCUUCACAUACAACUAAUGCUGAUAUUCACAAGCCUGUGAACAAAACCACUGACGAUUUGUCAAGUGGUUGUCUGCUUUCUGUUCAGCAAGCAGCGUCUGUGGCUUCCAUUUCAUCCAGGGAACCGAGCAUGGUACCGUUACCUUCAACAGGUGUGAGCAUGCAUGCAGUAGUAAACCAGGUGCGACCCCUUGCAACUACAUUGGCUUACCGACCUAGUACCGGCUCAGCAUUUGCUGGGAAGGAAGCUCAUCCUGUGAGGGAUCUCAGCUAUUAUAAGAACCUUAUUAGGCAACAUGGGGCUGAUGAUAAUAAUACUAGGCAAGAGACUCAUGACUCCCAAAUAGCUAUCCGUCAAAGUAAUUUCAAGGAUUUGAAAUCGGUUCAUAGCAAUAAACCGGGAGAAGUGAAUUUCAAAAUCCAGAAACCUUGCAUAUACUUCAAAAGUUCAAGAGGUUGUCGAAAUGGUUCCAAUUGCCCUUAUCAACAUGACAUGUCAGCUCAAUGGGGUCCUGUUCACAUCCUAGGGUCCCAGAAUGCAAAAAGAGCUAAAUUAGGACCAGAAAUCAGGGGUAGAACAUUAAUUUAGAUAGCCUUUUUGGAAUGGUAAAAGUAGAAGUGUAUUGCGUUUCACAGUGUACAUAAAAUUUGCAGCGGGAGGAAGUUUAAGGAAGGUGGAGAGGGAGGACUUGUGAGAAUGAGGAAGGGACAUUAUCAUUAAGGUUUCAUGGGUGGUUUAUAUUGAGUUUAGAUUUUGGAAUUAAGAGGACCACUGUGGUUGGGUCCCUGGUCAUAUAAAUUUUUUACUUGGUCCGCAAGGAAGAAGAGAGGAGUGAGAAUUGAUGGAAUUUUCAAGACAACUGAUAUGUUGGUUUCUGCAGCUA